AUGGCGGCUGUCAAUCGGAAUAUGUUCGAUGCGUGCGUCGCUACAGAGCGGCCUCAUGGCCCUAGCAUGCUGGUCCUCCCGUUGAAUCUCAUUGCGCAGAUUGUCGGUUGCGUGGAUGAUCCGGGCGACCUCGCUCGAUUGUGUCGAACAUGCCGCGUCCUCAGUUACAUGGCCCUCCCCCAGCUCUACCGAAACAUCAUAUUAACCUCCUAUGAUAAAAUCCGAUAUCGCGGCGACCAACCGGAGGGUAUGGGAAGCGCCAGUCCGUUUACAAUGGGGUUGAAUGCAGUUAUCACGCGACCGUACGCACUGUUGGUGCGGUCGCUCACCUUGCGGGGGGACUGGCGGGAGCAAGAACUCGAAGAGCACGCGCGGGUCGGCCGGGUGCCGGAUUCCUCAAUGAUGCUGAAUAUAACCGUGCGCGCGGCUAUCGAUAAGAUGCUGGAUUUGGAGAGCUUCCGCUGGGAACUCAGCUCAAAGAUGCUCGAAACUGUGUACCUGGGGCUGGCGCAGCUGCCCAAGCUGACCUCUCUGACGAUAAGGUUUCCGUCGAGCCGGCAUCCCCGGCCAACGACUGUGAUUCCGCCGAUGCCGCACCUAAGAUAUCUCAAGAUUAUGGAUAUUGAUCCGCUCUGUUACCCCGAUGAUAUAUCGACAUUGCUUUGCACGGCGAGGAAGUUGAAGGAGUUGAAAUUGCACUGGUCGCCGCGCAUGAGAAAUAUGCAGGAACCCAGUGUCAUGCUUCACGAUUACUUUCGCAAGUGCAUUUCCAUGAAGAAACCGCUGGCUAUCAAAAAACUCGGGAUGUCGAAUCUAUAUGCUCGCCAUAGCGAGGAGUUCAACCUCGCGUUCGAUACCGACACGGUGGAGGAAGUGACAAUGCUCCAAGAGGUUCGGUCAGAGUGGGCGAAUCUGAACACAUUCGUUGACAGCACAUGGCCUGUUAUACCUCAUACUAAACCUAUGGUGCUUAAGAGCCUUAGAGCAAACGUCUAUAACCAGAGACAGACCGAGUUUCUCGGAAGCUUCACGGGUCUUGAAAAAAUAUACUUACUCGGUGCGACAAGCCUUUCUGAUUCGAUCAAUUCACCUCGGGAGCCAGCCCCAUGCGCAACGACUCUCACACCACCCGGAUCCGAUAAUGCGAACUGCCCUUCGAGGGAUCUUAUAACUCCGACAUCGGCCGACUCCCCGUCGAAUACGCCUAGCUUACAAGCCAGAAUCAGAGAUAACUCCAUAAACAGCAUCGUAUUAAACCACGCCGCAACACUCCGGCACCUUCUCCUCCCCGCGCGGUGGGCACUUUCAUCGAAUAUAAUAGCCCGCAUUGUCCAUGCAAGUCCGCAACUAGAGCAGCUGGCUUUUGCAGCGGAAAUAUCAAGCAUGGACACAUUAGGGCUUCUACUUCCCUUCCUCCGAAACCUUGAAGCAUUGCGCCUUCUCAUCCCAACCGGGACCUGCACGUCACCUGGAGACGAGACGUUCCCCAAGCCUCCCAAGCAAGGCAAGGACACAAAUGGUGUCGAUGUUGGCGCUAGGACCUUCGCAGAAUUUGUAGAACAAGACGAUGAAACCCUCAUAGAAAAACUAAGCGAAGCUCUCGCCGAUCAGCAGCUCUUCCAAAAGCUGAAAGUCCUCGGCUUUGGCCGGAAGGCCUUCCUUCUAGGCGAAUACUACACAGUCCCAGCGGAACAGUCACAACCGCGAGAAGGGGUCCAAUCCCAAACACCGGCUGAAUCUCGCGCACCGAGUAUGGAUGACAAGAGCCCGCAGAGCUACAGUGAAUCUGAGCAAGGGAACAACGCUGGUUUGGGCCUAGGCCUUCCAAGCCCAGGACCAAACCAGACACAGACAAACUCACCGAAGCUCCCUUCAUUUCAACAGAAGAGCUCUCAGCCUACGCCAGUUCUCGGGAAACGAAUGCGAGAUGAAGAGACUGCCCUUGUACGCGAGUGGGGUAACAGCGUAGAUGACUGUCUAUUAGGAGGUCCUAGGAACCGUACGUUGCGACGCAGGGUGCAGCGCGUGGGCUGGGACGUGGUAAAACAAUGGGAUAUAUGGGGCAAGGAUACUCAGGAACUCUGA